AUGCCCUCGUCCUCUAAUCGCGGCAAUCGUCGCGUCAGUCGCACAAUCAUAUACUUUAAUGACCGUCGGAUUGUCCCUGAGAGUGCGCUUCCGGAGAUGUACCAAGAGAUAAACCCCGAAGGAAUGGACACCGAUGCGCGCCUAAGAUCCCUGACUAACAAAGUCAAUCAAAUAAUUCAAGUAUGUAACGCCGAAGCUAGGCAAUUCCAUAACGAUAUUGAAGCGGUGGAGGAAAGAAUUGAUGGCCUGUUGCGAAUUAUUGAAGGCCGUGGGAUGGUCGGUGUUCCCAAAGCAAGGGUGGCAGAUACCGUGGAGGAAGAAGAUGUAACAUCACCUGGCGCAGCGGAACGAGAAGAUACAAUGGACGUGGAUCACUCAGUUGAUCCCCACCAGACGAACGAGCGCGCGGGCCCUGAGCCAAACGUUCCCGAUGGCGAAACAAUUCCCGACAACAUCGAAGCAUUGCACGGCUUGGUCGCAGCAAUGAAGAAGAGUAUUUCUCGUGCUGUGCUAUCUACGAUGUUCAACUCGGAACUUUUUGGUCGUAUUACCGAGGAAGAAAAGGCACGGCUGCUGAGUGCUGCUGGGAUUCCACCAGUGCAUGGGGUUGCGCAGGUGGGCGCAAUUGUUGACCAGGCCUUUGUGGGACGUGUAUUGGACGGCUUGAACCGGGCGGCUUGGGAAGACGAGGCGGAAUUCCGGGCAAGGUUUUGGAGUCUACUUGGGACUGAACAAAAAGCAACGGCCGAGUUUGACAAACAUCUUUGGCAGAAAGUGGCCGAAUACCGAACAGCUUUGAUGAUUGAGCGGCAGCCGGCGGAAGAAGUGGUCUUCGUGGAUCAGGAUGAGGAUGAUGGUCGAGUCGAGUUGGCUGUCGUGGAUCCGGGGGAGGAUGAAGGUCGAGUGGAGCCAGCGGUCGUGGAACGGGGUGAGGAUGAAGGUCGAGUGGAGCCAGCAGUCGUGGAUCGGGGUGAAGAUGAUGGUGAUUGGGUGGAGCCAACUUUCACGGAUCGGGCUCGGGAAAGGGAUGCAAGGAGGAACAAGAUUCGGUCCGAGAUGAGAGCGAUGGAGGGGACCAUCAGAAGGGCCAGGCGGACAAUUGCGCGGGCCGAAUUGAGGAUUGCAAGUGCGACGCAAUUACUGGAGGAAAGUGACGCCGAGCUUUUGAGGACUUUCUACGAUGAGGAGGAAGACGCCCAGGCUGAACACAGGCGGAUUCAAGAUCAGUGGUACGCCGAACGUGAAGUGAGGAUGCGAUGGGAAGGAGCGGACUUCGAAGAGGAUUGGGCGGAUGUGGCUGAUGACGGGGAAGGGUAUGAGGAUUAUAUGAGGAGGAUUACCGGCCUCUUACAACUUCGUGAUAUGGCCGAAGAGGCUGCUCAACAGGACAACCAGGCUUUUCAAGUUCAACCACCACUGCGAGUCGAAUCACCAGCUCCAGAGGCGAGUCCGGCCCCCGAGUCACUUGAGCGUAGCGAAGCAGGAGCAAGUCCGACGGCUGAUUUGGUCCGCAUGAGCCCAGCAGAUGAUGCAGAGGAGGAUUGGGUCGACGCGGCUGAGGAUCAACGGGGCCUGAAUGUCGCGACUGGGAAUGAAUCAAAGCGAAAUAUUGUCGACUCGGAGCCUGUUGCUGGUCCCUCAAGCAAGCGCGCAAGGUAUAACUGA